AUGCUUCUCAUGGAGUCUGUUUCCUCGUACCCCAGUUUCAUCUUAUCCUCCCAUCAAGCUGGUGGUGUGACGUUUAAAAGGAUCCACUCUAUUAUGAUGUAUCGUGAUUGGUUUAGUAUGAUGCCUAAAGUAGUGCAAUCGCCAAAAGGAGACAUAUUACUAAUUUCUAGUUGGCAUUGUAUUUCGGAAUAUUUCCGGCGAAAAUGCAUGCAUCAUCCAAGAAUUUCAGAGUUUGUUGGGAGUCGAUGUUGCCUGCUCAGUAGCAGGAGUGGUUCAACAUGUGCCUUAGUCUCAACUCCCAAUUUCGAAAUACAAGCCCAUCAUUUUUGUGAUUUUGCUCUAAUGUGCUAUUUUUGUAUAGUUGUGACAUCUACUAGUUGUUUACACGCUGAAAUUGGCAGGAUAUUCUAUUUUAAAAUGUUUAUUCAUAACUUAUUUACUAAGUUCGAUGUCUUCCCUUGGACGCUAGUGAAUCUUCUUGCGUUUACUAUUUGCAAAACGUCAACAAUUCGUUAUUUCAAAAAAUCCCUCAAUUACUCACAAGAGAAUUUUUAUUGCUACCAUAUUUUAGUAAACUCUGCUUACUUUAACACAUAUUCCCACAUAUUUAUCCAAUCAUUUGGUGUUAAAUGUGUGUUGCUUAAAAUACUUCUCUUUUCUAGAGGACACAUCAUAUUUAAAGCUCAAGCAAUAUUUUAUAUGCCAACACAAAUCCACGAAAAAAUUCUACAUUUACAUUAG